GCCGCAGUGCACGCCGGGCAAAAGGAAGACCUCCAGAAGCUCCCCGCGCAGCGCGGCAGUGUUUGCGCUGCGGCCUUUGCGAGUGGUCGCCCCUGAACCAGUCUCCCGGUGAGCGGCGCGCAGAAACCUCGAACCGGUGGCGUCUCCCGUAACCAGGAGCCCAGAGGGCCACGGAGACAGUCCCCUUGUCUCGGCGGCGGGAGUCUAUCCUGAACUUAGAUCGUGUACAUUUUGGGAACUUAUUUUAGAAAAGAUCUAAAUUUUAAAAAUUCUCAAUGGACAGACAGAGAAAAGAGGGUCUUUGCCAACUCCUUUGGACAUCUGCAGUAAGAAUGUCUUUCCCCCCUCAUUUGAAUCGCCCUCCCAUGGGAAUCCCAGCACUCCCACCAGGGAUUCCACCACCACAGUUUCCUGGCUUUCCUCCACCUGUACCUCCAGGAACCCCAAUGAUUCCUGUACCAAUGAGCAUUAUGGCUCCUGCUCCAACUGUCUUAGUACCCACUGUGUCUAUGGUUGGAAAGCAUUUGGGAGCAAGAAAGGAUCAUCCAGGCUUAAAGGCAAAGGAAAAUGAUGAAAAUUGUGGUCCUACUACUACUGUUUUUGUUGGCAACAUUUCUGAGAAAGCCUCAGACAUGCUCAUAAGACAGCUCCUUGCUAAAUGUGGCUUGGUUUUAAGCUGGAAGAGAGUACAAGGUGCAUCUGGAAAACUUCAAGCCUUUGGAUUCUGUGAGUAUAAGGAGCCUGAAUCUACCCUCCGUGCACUCAGGUUAUUGCAUGACCUGCAGAUUGGAGAGAAGAAACUGCUUGUUAAAGUUGAUGCAAAGACAAAGGCACAACUGGAUGAAUGGAAAGCAAAGAAGAAAGCUUCUAAUGGGACUGCUAGGCCAGAAACUGUCACUAAUGAUGACGAAGAAGCCUUAGAUGAAGAAACUAAGAGAAGAGAUCAGAUGAUCAAAGGGGCCAUUGAAAUUUUAAUACGCGAAUACUCCAGUGAGCUCAAUGCCCCUUCACAAGAAUCUGACUCUCACCCCAGGAAGAAGAAGAAGGAAAAGAAGGAGGACAUUUUCCGCAGAUUUCCAGUGGCACCUCUGAUCCCGUAUCCACUCAUCACUAAGGAAGAUAUAAAUGCUAUAGAAAUGGAAGAAGACAAAAGAGACCUGAUAUCCCGAGAGAUCAGCAAAUUCAGAGAUACACACAAGAAACUGGAAGAAGAGAAAGGCAAAAAAGAAAAAGAAAGACAGGAAAUUGAGAAAGAACGGAGAGAAAGAGAGAGGGAGCGUGAAAGGGAACGAGAAAGGCGAGAACGAGAACGAGAAAGGGAAAGAGAACGUGAACGAGAAAAGGAGAAGGAACGGGAGCGGGAACGAGAACGGGAUAGGGAUCGUGACCGGACAAAGGAGAGAGAUCGGGAUCGUGAUCGAGAGAGAGAUCGUGACCGCGAUCGGGAAAGGAGUUCAGAUCGGAAUAAGGAUCGGAGUCGAUCAAGAGAAAAGAGCAGAGAUCGUGAAAGGGAGCGGGAGCGGGAAAGAGAGAGAGAGAGAGAACGUGAAAGAGAAAGAGAGCGUGAACGAGAAAGAGAGCGUGAAAGGGAACGGGAGCGAGAAAGAGAAAAAGACAAGAAAAGGGAUCGAGAAGAGGAUGAAGAAGAUGCAUAUGAACGAAGAAAACUUGAAAGAAAACUCCGGGAGAAAGAAGCUGCUUAUCAAGAGCGCCUUAAGAAUUGGGAAAUCAGAGAACGGAAGAAAACCCGGGAGUAUGAGAAAGAGGCUGAAAGAGAAGAGGAAAGGAGAAGAGAAAUGGUAAUAAUCUAGGUUAAAAAUAAGUGAUUUUUAGAUAUAAAUGAGGUCAAAUCGUUCUCAGCAUAAUAUUAUUUAGGAAGUGCUCUUCAGAAAAGAUUGCGUGACAGGGAAAAGGAAAUGGAAGCAGAUGAACGGGAUAGGAAAAGAGAGAAGGAAGAGCUAGAGGAAAUCAGGCAGCGACUUCUGGCAGAAGGGCAUCCGGAUCCGGAUGCAGAGCUUCAGAGGAUGGAACAAGAGGCUGAGAGGCGCAGACAACCACAAAUAAAGCAAGAACCAGAAUCAGAGGAAGAGGAAGAAGAAAAGCAAGAAAAAGAAGAAAAACGAGAGGAACCCGUGGAAGAGGAAGAAGAGCCAGAGCAGAAGCCCUGUCUUAAACCAACUCUGAGGCCCAUCAGUUCUGCCCCAUCUGUUUCCUCUGCCAGUGGCAAUGCAACCCCCAACACUCCUGGGGAUGAGUCUCCCUGUGGUAUUAUUAUUCCUCAUGAAAAUUCGCCAGAUCAACAACAACCUGAGGAGCAUAGGCCAAAAAUAGGACUGAGUCUUAAACUGGGUGCUUCCAAUAGUCCUGGUCAACCUAAUUCUGUGAAGAGAAAGAAACUCCCUGUAGAUAGUGUCUUUAACAAAUUUGAGGAUGAAGACAGUGAUGAUGUACCCCGAAAAAGGAAACUGGUUCCCUUGGAUUAUGGUGAAGAUGAUAAAAAUGCUGCCAAAGGCACCGUAAACACUGAAGAAAAGCGCAAACACAUUAAGAGUCUCAUUGAGAAAAUCCCUACAGCCAAACCUGAGCUUUUUGCUUAUCCCCUGGAUUGGUCUAUUGUGGACUCUAUAUUGAUGGAACGACGAAUUAGACCUUGGAUUAAUAAGAAAAUUAUAGAAUACAUAGGUGAAGAAGAAGCUACAUUAGUUGAUUUUGUUUGUUCUAAGGUUAUGGCUCAUAGUUCACCUCAGAGCAUUUUAGAUGAUGUUGCCAUGGUACUUGAUGAAGAAGCAGAAGUUUUUAUAGUCAAAAUGUGGAGAUUAUUGAUAUAUGAAACAGAAGCCAAGAAAAUUGGUCUUGUGAAGUAAAACUCUGUACAUUGAGAGUUCCAUUUCAGAUAUCAUCUUUCCCAUCCUUCAAAGGACUUUGAAAAAUUUUUUUGUCUUCAAAGACAUUUGUGAGAUCUGUAAUUUUUUUUAAAUGUAGAAAAUGUGAAUUUUUUUUUUUUGUCCUCCAAUUUGUUGAUUCCCUGUGUACUCCCUUGGUUGUAAAGACAUCUGAAUCCUACCUUGGUUCUCUUUAUACUCACCAGGUACAAAUUACUGGUAUGUUUUAUAAGCCACAGCUACUGUACACAGCCUAUCUGAUAUAAUCUUGUUCUGCUGAUUUGUUCCUUGUAAAUAUUAAAAUGACUCCCCGAUUCUUUUGCAGAAUUGCACUUAAUAUUGAACUGUACUGUACAGGAACCAACAUGAACAAUUUUAAUAGAAAGAAUACCAGCCCACAUCUAUUACCCAUACCCCCUUGAUCAGAAUUGGCAGGCUUUCAUGAAGGCAUGAAAUUUAAAAUUAGAGUGUGAAAAUUAGGAGACCAUCCAUUCCUACUGUAUCUCUGUAUAAAUGUGUUUGUGUGAAUGUAUAUAUAAAAGUAUUUUCCCUAAUUUGCUUUGGAGGGCUCCCUUGAACAUUUUCUAAUUGAAAAAUAUAAUUGUAAAGGAAACAUGGUAUUGUGCCAAUCCAAAUGUCUGGGAUAAUUAGGUUAAUAGUCUCCCAGAGCAUGUUAUUCUCUUACGGCAAGAAACAGUCUGUUGAACAGAAUGGGGUUUUCCUGUUGAUAGCUGGCUGCUUCAGCCCUUCUUUUAUGGGAGUGUGAAUCAGUGGUUCCCCUCUCCCUCCCCAAUCUCAUUGUUCAGAAAUGAGGCAGAUCCUUAGAUUGCACUGAUUGGUCCUUAGUUUAAUUUUGGUGUGCCCCUUUGCUUAAAAAAAAAUUAAAAGCAUAAAUGAAAAAUACUUUUUAAAAACAAAAGAUAAAAUUAGGCAAUUUUACAGACUAGGAAAGUUUGACAAAAUACAAUAGAAUUUCAGCAUGGCAUUUUAUAAGUUUACAUCUUAUUUUUAAGGAUAAAGUACAUCAUUUAAGGCAGUUACCACUAAUUUUUUGUUUUGUAAAGGCUUUAUAGUUUGUGUGUGUGUAAGCACACACCUUGUUUACCUCUGCUCAUCAAAGUUUAAAAAUACAUUGAUGGUGUUGGAGACACACAUGGGGCUUUCUUUAUUGUACAUCAGAACUUCACCAGGGAGCAAAAUUACUCGAAAAUAUAACAAGUUUUAAACAGUUCUAAAUAUAAAGUAGGUGCAGCUAUUUCAUGUCUAAGUAUUUAUUUAAAGAUGAAGAUUGGGAAUAGGAAGAUAAAGCCUAACUGAGCUUGAGUUACUAGAUUUUUUUUUUUUUUUUUUACAUCUUAAGAGGACAUUUGAAAACACUGUUCUUAACAUUGAACCAUGACAUGGUUCCCUUAUGUAAAUAUUUCAGAUAUUAAAAAUGUAUAUAUUUGA